GCCCUCUCCGCCGGCCGUGCGCAUGCGUCUCCCCCGCCCGUCCGUGAGCGUUGCUGCCGAGGAGCGGAGCCGCCGCGCCGGUUGGGGACGGGCGCGGAGCAUGCUGUCCCUCCUGGCUAGAGCCGCCGCUGGGCCGCUCCGCUCGCUGUGCCGCUCGCCCUUCAGCUCGCUGGCGCCGCGGUGGCGGGCGGCGGGGGGGCCCCCAUCAGCCGCCGGGGCCUCGCCGCUGUGGAAAGGGGCGGCCGCCUCCCCGGCCCUGCCCGCCGGCCCGCCGCUGCCCGGCCUCCUGCAGCUCUUCGCCGGGCUGAAGACGAAGACGACCCUCAGAAGGCGCUGUAAGGACUGCUUCAUUGUUCGCCGCAGGGGCCGGCUCUACGUUUGCUGCAAGACCAACCCUCGGCACAAGCAACGGAAGCUGUAGCGCCGCGGUCGCUGCCCGUCGGAGCGGUUGCCCAAAAGGGCUUUUCCGUGGGGCUCCUGAGAGGAAAGAAAUAAACGUGGUGUUUCUGUGUAAGGUCUGUGAAUCCGAGUGUGUACAGUCGUGUCGCUGGGAUCGCUACCGGUUCACUGGCUGCUUGUUGACUUCUGACAGCUAGGGACCCAAGUCAGAAAGUGCUGUAGGUGACAAUGCUGGAUCUUAAUUCUAAAAGUAGAGUAAAUCAAGUUCGCGGUGGUCACUGCCUUAACUUUGUUUCAAACUGUGGAUGCUGAGAACUCAAAGCCAUGACUUUCAGGAUCUCUUGGUUAUUUAGCCUUAAUGCCUUACAACCAAUUAGUUUACUCUUAAGUUAGUAAGAGUGAACCUAAAGCCUCUGACUUGGAUGCAUCCGUGCUUAAUUAAAGCAAAAUGAAAAUAAA